AUGAACCAUUUCUUUCUCACUACAAUUUUCUUCUUUCUCAUACAAAUUUCACUUGUUUUCUCUACUUCAAAUUUUCCUCUUCAACUCAUUUCACUUUUAUCCUUAAAAUCUUCUUUUCAAGAUCCAAACAACACAUUUCAAGAUUGGAAUCCUACAAAAACUUUCUCAAAUUUUGGUUCACAACCCUUUUGGUGUUCAUGGUCAGGCAUCAAAUGUGACACAAAAACAAACCAAAUUACAUCACUUAAUCUCUCAAAGAGAAAUCUUUCUGGUAAAAUUCCACAAGAUAUUAGAUUCUUGGUACACUUACAUCACUUAAAUUUAAGUGGAAAUUCAUUUGAUGGACCUUUACAAUCCAUCCUUUUUGAAUUUCCAUUUCUUAGAACACUUGACAUUAGUCAUAACUCUUUCAAUUCAACAUUCCCUCAUGGGAUAACGAAUCUCAAGUCCUUAGUAAACUUAAAUGCCUAUAGCAACAGCUUCACAGGCGCGUUGCCUAUAGAAAUUGUUGGUUUACAGAAUCUUGAGUACCUGAAUCUUGGUGGCAGUUACUUUACUGAUGAAAUUCCGGCGAGUUAUGGGAAUUUCAACAUGUUGAAAUUCCUACACUUAGCCGGAAAUUCACUCAGUGGUAAAAUACCAGUGGAAUUGAGUUUAUUGAACAAACUUGAACAUCUUGAAAUUGGAUACAACAAUUAUACUGGAAAUGUUCCAGCUGAAUUAUCUUUGUUAUCGAAUUUAGCCUAUCUUGAUAUCUCACAAGCUAAUCUUUCUGGUGAAAUUUCAAUUCAGCUUGGAAAUUUAACAAAGCUUGAAUCUUUAUUUCUUUUCAAGAACCAUUUUAUCGGUACAAUUCCUCUGAGUUUUUCCAAACUCACAUUGCUGAAAUCAUUGGAUUUAUCGGAUAAUCGUCUCUCAGGCACAAUUCCAUCAGGAUUUUCAGAGUUGAAAGAGCUGAACAUGUUGUAUUUGAUGAACAACAACUUGACAGGUGAAAUACCAGAAGGGAUUGGUGAGUUACCAAAUCUUGAAUUGUUAGCACUUUGGAACAAUUCACUCACUGGGAUUUUACCGCGAAAGUUAGGAUCAAAUGCAAAGUUACAAAAACUUGAUGUCUCCUCAAACAAUUUAUCUGGCCAAAUUCCACAAAAUCUUUGCCUCAGCAACAACUUAGUUAAACUCAUCCUGUUUUCGAACGAGUUUACUGGUGAGAUUCCUUCAUCCUUAACGAAUUGCAAUGCUUUAUCCAGGUUGAGAAUUCAAAACAACAAACUCAAUGGCUCAAUUCCAUCAGGAUUCGGGUUUUUACCAAAUUUCACUUACAUGGACAUCAGCAAGAACAAUUUUUCAGGGCCAAUUCCGAAAGAUUUCGGAAAUGCCCUGAAAAUGAUGUACUUGAACAUUUCGGAAAAUUUAUUUGGUAGUAGCUUGCCUGAAAAUAUCUGGAACGCCCCGAAUUUACAGAUUUUUUCAGCAAGUUACAGUGGCCUUAUUGGAAAUCUCCCUGAUUUCAAAGGAUGUCAAAAUUUGUACAAAAUCGAACUUGAAGGAAACAAUAUCAAUGGUAGCAUACCAUGGAACAUUGAAGACUGUGGAAAACUUAUUUCUCUGAAUCUUCGACGAAAUUCAUUAACAGGAAUCAUUCCCUGGGAAAUAUCUGCAAUUCCUAUAACAGACGUUGAUUUGUCCCACAAUUUUCUCACAGGGACAAUCCCUUCAAAUUUCGAAAAGUCUAGAACGUUGGAACAUUUCAACGUGUCAUAUAAUCAGCUCACUGGUCCAUUACCUUCGUCAGGGUCUAUAUUCUCAACGUUCCAUCCUUCGUCUUUCGUAGGAAACCAAGGCCUUUGUGGUACUAUCAUACAUAAUCCGUGCAGGACGGAUGAACUCAAAGAUGGAAAAACAGUUUUUUUGAACCAUUCCAAGAAAACUGAUGGUGCAUUGAUAGUAUGGAUCGUGUCUGCAGCAAUUGGAGUAGUAAUAAUCAUCCUCAUCGUGACAAUUCGAUGUUUCCACUCGAAUUACCACCGGAGAUUUCCAUGUGACAAGGAAAUCGGACCGUGGAAGUUGACAGCAUUCAAAAGGUUAAAUUUCACAGCAGAUGAUGUCCUCGAAAGCAUAACAAUCACAGACAAAAUCAUCGGAAUGGGGUCUGCAGGUACAGUGUACAAGGCGGAAAUGCCAAGUGGUGAUAUCAUAGCGGUGAAGAAGCUAUGGGCCGGGAAGCAACGUAAGGAGACAACGAGGAAACGACGUGGAGUCUUGGCAGAGGUGGAUGUAUUAGGCAAUGUAAGACAUAGGAACAUUGUGAGGCUACUAGGUUGUUGUAGUAACAAUGAAUGUACUAUGUUGUUGUACGAGUACAUGCCUAAUGGUAGCCUUGAUGACUUGUUACAUGACAAGAACAAAGAUGCAAAUUUGGUUGGUGAUUGGUUUACUAGGUACAAAAUUGCACUUGGUGUUGCACAAGGGAUUUGUUAUCUUCAUCAUGAUUGUGACCCUGUCAUUGUUCAUCGUGACCUAAAACCUAGCAACAUUCUUCUUGAUGGUGAAAUGGAAGCUAGGGUUGCUGAUUUUGGAGUUGCUAAAUUGAUUGAGUGUGACGAAUCUAUGUCCGUCAUUGCUGGAUCUUAUGGCUACAUUGCACCUGAAUAUGCAUAUACAUUGCAAGUGGAUGAAAAGAGUGACAUUUAUAGCUAUGGGGUGGUGCUAAUGGAAAUUUUGUCUGGGAAAAGAUCGGUUGAUUCAGAAUUUGGCGAUGGAAAUAGCAUUGUAGAUUGGGUGAGGUCCAAGAUGAAUACAAGAAACGGUAUAAAUGAAGUGUUGGAUAAAAAUAUUGGUGCUUCGUGUCCUCGAGUGAGGGAGGAAAUGAUGUUGAUGCUUAGGGUGGCGUUGCUUUGUACUAGCCGGAACCCGGCUGACCGGCCUUCCAUGAGGGAUGUUGUGUCCAUGUUGCAAGAGGCCAAGCCCAAGAGGAAGUUGCCGGGAAGUGGUGGUGACAAUUCAAUUGGUGUUUUUUCUUUGGCACAAAAGGCCAAUGUGGAGUGUUAAUAUAAUUGGAGAUUUGGGUUUCUUUUUCCUUAGUCUUUUGUUUUUUUAUUUCUUUUCAAUUGUGGGGGAUUGGUAUAAUCGUAUAGGAUAAGUUAAUGUUUCCUUUUAAAAUUUUAACUAGUGGAAUUUCAGAUAUUUUGAAUUUUGAACGAUUAUCUGUGAAAUUAUCUCGUAAUAAUUAU